UUAGGCAGUUUCUAUUCUUACAGGUGGAACCUGCAAAGCACUCUAGGUCUUUUUCUGCCUUGGGUUUCUGAUACCUCACGUGAGGGGACUUGCAGGCUGACAAGGAAGGAGAGCCUGGCCUAUUCCAGUUGUCCCUUUGUACAUAUUGCCCAAGCCCCACUGACAAUGGAUCAGAGGGUGGACAAUGAUGCUGAAGCUUGGUUGCAACUGAAGCCUGUGGAGCCCUUGCCCUCCCAGUGCUGUGGGAGUGGCUGCUCACCCUGUGUGUUUGACCUCUAUUCCCGAGACCUGGAAAGAUGGGAAGCAGCCCGAGCCAGAAAUGACAGGAGCCUGCUGAGUGGGAAGCAGUCACCUGAGACCCAGGGCUGCUCCACCAAGCUGAGUCCAGAGACCUUCCUGGCCUUUCACAUCAGCGCCAUAGAGAAACUUACCAAGGACACCCUUCGUGUCCGUUUUACACUACCGGGGAACAAUCAGCUCGGCCUGCAUCCUGGGCAGCACCUUAUCCUACGAGGUAUAGCAGAUGGCUUGGAAAUUCAGAGAGCCUAUACUCCCAUCAGCCCGGUCACUGCAGAAGGGUACUUUGAUGUUUUAAUCAAGUGCUAUCAAGCUGGGCUGAUGUCCCAGUACGUGGAGUCCUGGAGAACAGGAGACACAGCUUUCUGGAGAGGACCUUUUGGAAGCUUUUUAUAUGAACCAAACAAGUAUGGUGAACUACUCAUGCUGGCAGCCGGCACAGGCCUGGCCCCUAUGGUGCCUAUCCUGCAUAGCAUCACAGACAAUGCAGAUGAUGAGACCUUUGUCACCUUGGUUUGCUGCUUCAAGACCUUCGAGAGCAUCUACUUGAAGACUUUCCUCCAGGAACAGGCCAGGUUCUGGAACGUUCGAACCUUUUUUGUCCUCAGUCAGGAGGUCUCCCCAGAGCAGCUUCCCUGGAGCUACCGUGAGAAGACCCACUUUGGCCGCCUGGGCCAGGAGCUGGUUGAUGAACUAGUAGCCUGCUGCCGGAGAAAGCCAUUUACAUUAGUCUGUGGCUCAUCUUCAUUUACCAAGGACAUGGCUAGGUGUUUGCUGUCUGCUGGCCUGACUGAGGACUCCUACUUCCUCUUCUAGCCCUAGCCACAGACUUUGUACAGGGACUCAGGAAGGAGCACAGACUAGAGUCAGAAGACAUGGAGUCCAGGCCAGACCCUGCUGCUGACUUGGACAAUGUUGUCACCCUUAGAACUUCCUUUCCUGUCUGCUUCAUAAGGUUUGUCCUUCCCUCCUAGCAUCCUGGUAUGUGGAGGGAGGCCAGCAGUGGGCCUGGAAGCCAGGGAAGACUGCUCCAAGGAAGCCAAACAAAUGGAGUCCCGCUGAGCUCAGGAUGGUGGCAUUGGAUGGGAGAAGGGGUGAGGAGCCUCUCUCGCCCCUCCAGAGGGCCCAGAGUCAGUGUUAAGAGAAUAACUUUGGGGAAAGCUCAGAGCUCUUUGGAGGACCUUAACUUCUGUACCUUCCGUGGGUUGAACACACGCCUUGGUCAACGACCUGACCAUGUUCUCAGAACAAGGCACUGGAUCAUCUGGGUAUCAGUGCCAAGUCUGUCCUGCCAUGAUCAGCUUCAUGCUCAGUCUGUCUUUCCUGGCUAGGCAAGCCAGCCCAGAGUCCUUUCUCCACAAAAGAAGAGGAAUAGAGGCAAAUGCCCCUCCCUCCUGCAGGCAGCCACAUAGCCCGAGCCUUCAGCUCGGUGCCCUGGCGACGGUUGCUAUGGAGAUCUAAAGAUAGAGCAGGAGUCAGGAGACCUGGGUCCCUCUCCCAGCUCUGCCCACUGAGCGGCUGCUGAUCCAGGUCCACCCAGCCCCCACCCCCACCUCCUCCAUCCUGCAUGGGGCAUGCCCUCUCCAGGGAACUUGCUGCCCCUGGGCAUCGCGUUAACUUAAUGAAUUCUGCUUUCUACAGCCUGGGCCCCAGUGUGCUGCGCCAGCACAGGCUAGGUACAGGCAGUCCCAGACUUCUAAAGCUCAGCAGUGGGAUGCUAGAAGCUGAUCUGGGAGCCUUCAGGAUUAGGCAUUUAUAGCCGUAGAGUUGCAGUCUUUCCAGCUAAGCAGCUUCUCUGAUGCCAGAAAACCCUGUCCAGCAGAUUCACUAUAUGAAAGAAGACCCCAAGAGUGACUCAGCCCUGCAGUCUCCCAUCUCACCCCUGCUCAUGGUUGUACAUGCUUUUCACACCGUGCUUCAUGGGACACUGGGGAACCUUGCCUGCAUAGCAGCAAUGAAGGGUAACUGGAGGGUUCCAGGUCCCCUUCAGUCACAGCAGAUCUGUGGAAUGGGGCCUAGAGGAGUUUUUGUCAGAAAGGUCUUCGUUGUUCUGCCCAGAAAAUCACAACAAAUAAAUUCCUCUUCUGGGCUCUGUUCACUAUACAGUUGCGGUGAGCAGCUGGGUGUCGGGAAGUUUUCACACUGAACAUCGGGGGCAUGGGACCUCUGUCGUGGUUUACAGGGUGUUGGGUGUGACUUCUCAGAACCCAUGGUCACAAACACAUUAAAGCUCCAUGAACUUUAAGUCAA